AUGGUUGUUAAUGAUAUAAAACAAAAUAUUGUUUGUUCAUGCCUUUCUCAGUUAGAACAAUUUUGUUUAAAAAAAGAAAAUCUAAUACAAAAUAAUAAACAAGAAGAAAUUGAAGAAAACAAUAAUAUUAACAGCAUUUCCCCCUUAGCUUUUCAUUCAGAUAUUGGAAGAAUGAUUUAUACAAUAUCUAUUUUAUUAAUGUUUUCUUCUGUUAUUCUUCUUUUAAUGAUUCGUUCAAUUCGCCGUUCCUGGUCUACUGUGGAAGUGGAAACUCUUCUCGAUGCAAUGAGAUUUCGGGAAGAAUUAGAUUUACAACAAAGACAGAAAAAGCGAUUAAGGAAAGCAAAAAAGAAAGUAACUGCUUGGCUUUGUAGAGGAAAUACUUCAAAAAUUUGGAAAUCAUCUCCACAUAUUUUACUAAAUUGUAAUAAUUCAAAUAUUGCCCGAACAAAUUCUGUACAGUCUUCAGGUUCUUUUAUUCCCGAAAUUGUAAUUAGCGAGCAUUUACCUUCCCCAACUUCUGGAGGGCCGCCUGAUCUGUUGAGAGGGCUUGAACGUCAAAAUUCAUAUACACCUUCUUUGUCUCUUCUUUACGACUUUUCAUCACGCAAAAAUUCACAAGUUCUCUCUCAAUCGAAUGAAACAGAAAGCGGUCGUCAUAGUCAAAUGUCUACAUUUAGUUGUUCUAGCUCUGGAGGGGGACAAAAAGAUUGA